GGGCCGAAAUCCUCUCGCCAACAUGGCCCCUUCCACCUGUGACGCCAUGCCCUUCAACCACUGGUUCACUUGGGCUUUCCAACUCAAGGCUGGAGACGAACUCUGGUACCGGCGGUGUGAGGGUGGCAAUGUUCAAGCGCUGGUCUUGGAGACCUGCCCGCAGAGCAACAGCUGCUGGGUGGAAUACUACAUUGAACGGCCCGGAGGCGGCCGACAGCAUAGACGUGCUUUGGUCAAACUGGAGGACCUUGCGCGGAUUCAGUUCGAACAGGACAUCUCUUCGCAAUCCGAAGCUGAUCCCAACUACGGCGCGUCCCAGGAGUCCGUGACGACCAGCGAGGAGACCUCAGAAGCCAUCUCUGAGAUCUAUGAUGCCAAUGCCAGGAGAGAGAAGGCUUACAGCAUGGUGGUCGAAGAUGAAGCUUCAAAAGAGCGAAGGAGGAGCCGUGCAUUCAGCAUGCUCUUUGCAGAAGAGCGCAACAGGGCUUACAGUAUGCUGUUCGCAGACGAGCGAAGGCGAAGUAGGGCACAAAGCAUGCUUUUUGCAGAGGAGCGACGACGGAGCAGGGCGCAAAGCAUGCUUUUCGCUGAAGAGCGAAGGCGAAGCCGGGCGCAAAGCAUGCUUUUUGCUGAGGAGCGAAGCAGGGCCCAAAGCAUGGUCUGUGCAGAGGAGCGAAGCAGGGCCCAAAGCAUGGUCUGUGCAGAGGAGCGAAACAGGGCAUACAGUAUGCUCUUUGCAGAUCCGCGCUCCAGUGCACUCAGCAUGGUCACCGAGGGUGAGCUGAGCUCAGUCCCAGAAGAUUCGGAGCUCAGGUACAAAAGAGCCGUGAGCAUGAUCUUCAGCGAUGGUUCGGGUGAGAGGCAAGUCAGCGAAGCUUCCCUGCCAUCGAUCAUCGAGUGUGAUGUGAAAGACUCGAGUGAUGACUCAGAGGAGGGAUUGAAGCGCAUCACGGAGGGCAGCGAAGACUUUCGAGAUGAGUCCAGUAGCGAUGCACGCAGCACCGCACCCGAUUCAGAGGGUGCUCAAGGUGCUUUCCAGCCCACGUACGGAGAAGAGAUCUCGUGGCCAUCAGCGCUGUGGACUAUGCCCCAACUAGUCGGAUUGGAGCCUGAAAACGUUGAAGUCUUCUGUGGUUCGAGUACUGACAGCUGCAUGAACUGCGCCAAGCCUUUGGCAGGACAUUCUGUGAGCAAGGUUGCAAAUGAGAUGUCAGAGCUGUGCAAGAUCCUGCAGAUGAGGGCCACCUUUCUCGAGGCUGAAGAGGGAGGCAGCUUGGACUUCGAUGGCGAGGGCCUCUCCGCACAGGCUUGGGUCUACACGCCGAGCCCAGAGGAGUCCGACAAAAGCGGCGAAGAGAUGGAUCCAUGCAAAGCCUUCGGAGAGGAUCAAGAGGAUGAACCCAAGAGUUCGGAGGAUGUGCAGGAAGAGGAAGUGGUGAAGGAGGAAGGUGCCUCCGAGGAAGCUGGCAGUGCGGAAGAAACUGAGAAGCCGAAGAAGAAAGUUGGACUCGUUGCCAGAGCGUGGGCAAUGCUGGGAUGCCAAAGUGGGAUGAAGUCUGAGAAACCCCCUGAGAAAACAUCACCGGAGAAGGCACCGCAGCGCAUUGCUGCACUGCGGCCUUUGGGCAUGCUUGGAAUGGUCAUGGAACGGUCAUCGGUGGACUGGUCAUUCAUUUCGCCAAAUGUGAUAAGUGAUAAGAUGUGAUAAGAUAAGACAGAUGUGAUUGUCGCAGUCCACCUAUGGAUUCCAUUGUUAAAACGGC